AUGAAGUUUCUCCUAGCUUCUCACUUCAUCGCCUGCAUUUCAGUCAUCACGGCAGCGGCUUGCGGCCAGAAGGUGUUAUGGGUAGCGAACUGCGGUGACACAGUAGGAGCAUUACCGGCAGGGAUGGGAGACACCUUCAAGGCCUUGAACUCUGCUGUUGUUAGUGACAUAAACUCCAUAUAUGCCGGUUCGACAUAUACCGUCGCAUACGCGCAUACCACGACGUCCGCAUCAUGGUCGUACACUACACGAGGGGGCAACAGGUAUCUUGUCAGUCCCACUAACUCGGCAGUCUGUACACAGCAUGCGAACGUGGGUGGUGUGUUCGGUGCAACGACUGCGGUUGCAACAACCCAAUCCUCCGCCCAGAGGCAGAUAACGCCUGUGCCGUUAUCACCAACUUGGGCAACACCCGUUGCGGCGGUGCAAACCAGGACAUUAACAGGGACCGCUCCAGAUUCUGCACAGAAUGUCGUGUACUGGGGCCAGCACGGUGGCGCAGUCCCUGAGAAUGAGCUUGCCGCUUUUUGCACCAGAGAGGCUGGCAUCGACAUAAUAGUCCUUGCGUUUCUGUUCAAGUAUGGCAACGGAAACGUGAUUCCAAGUGGAAGUUUUGGCUACUCUUGCACAAUUGGAGAGGGUCAGCAGUGCGACUCUCUGGCCAAAGCUAUUGAAACAUGCAAGUCUAACGGAAUCAAGGUGAUUGUUUCUCUUGGUGGUAAUGCUGGUGACUAUUCUCUGUCUUCCAAAGAGGAAGCAGAGAAAAUCGGCCAGAACCUCUGGGAUGCCUACGGCAACUCCAACAAAACCGGCUCGGUGCCACGACCAUUCGGCAAGACAUUCGUCGAUGGAUGGGACUUCAACAUCGAACACAACAGCGGCAGCAAGUAUUAUGAGUUUCUGAUUGCCUCGCUCCGCUCCAACUUUGCCUCCGACCCGGGAAACAAGUACCUCAUAACUGGGGCGCCUCAAUGCCCUAUCCCGGAGCCUAACAUGGGCGAUAUAAUCUCCAGGGCCAAGUUCGACUACUUGUGGGUCCAAUUCUACAACAACCAUGAGUGCUCAGUCAACGGUGGGAUUAACUACGACGACUGGACAAGGAUGGUGGCAAAUACGCCCUCCGCCAAUGCCAAAAUUUUCAUCGGUGUUCCCGCCCAUCCUCAUGCUGCCAAUGGCCAGGACAGCGGGGCCAUUUACUAUCUCCAACCUAGUAAGCUUGCUCGUCUUGUUGGCCAGUAUAGAAGUGACCCCGCCUUCGGCGGCAUCAUGAUCUGGGCUGCGGGUUUGUCAGAUGCCAAUGCCAACAAUGGGUGCAGCUAUGCUCAGGAAGCGAAGAGAAUCUUAACGCAUGGCAAAGUAUGCUAG